CCUCUGGCGUUUUGGCUUUGGCUUCGGCUUCCUAGGAAAGUUGGCUAAAGCUGUGCCUGGAGGUUGCCGUGGAGACGAAGAGCCGCCAGUCGGUUGCAUUGGCUUUUUCUGGAGAGCUGAACUUGCUGCAGAAAGAAAUGGAAAAUACAUCACUAUGCAUAGAAUCUGAAUACAUCAAGAAUCUUCAACAGCAAAUUUAUUUCCUUGAAUUGGAAGCUAAGUUUCUUCGGGAGCAGACUAAAAAAGCAAUUAAUACUCAGCCUCUCCUUGCAUGUGAAAUGGAACAUAUGCUACAAACCCUACAGACAAUGCAGUGUAAGGCUGAUAACCUUGAUCUGGAGCUGAAGCGAAAGAAAGAUGGUUUAAAUAUUUUGAUGAUGGAAAGAAAUCAACUUAAUAAUCAAAUCAGUAUGGCUAAUGAGCAGUAUUUAAAAGAGAAACAGGGUUUGAUAGAUGAAAUCAGACAAUGGAAGAGAAAGAAAGCAGAGAAAGAUGAGCAAAUCUCGGCAAAACAAUUUGAGAUCUCAUAUGCUAAGCAGGAACUGGAAGAACAACAAAUGAAUCUGAAAAACAAAGAACAAACUAUCCUUAUGCUAAAAACAAAGGGGACGCAACAGUUGGAGCGGCAAAAGGCAAUGGAGUUGCAGCUUUCUGAAAAGAAAAGGGAAUUCUUGGAAAUGCAGUCUGCUGUACAUGAAAUGGAAGGAAAAAUCCUUAAGAAAACAGCAGCAAUGCAUGAUCAAAUUGCUCGUGAAUUACGGUACUAAUUAAUGAAUUUUGGAGAAAAUGAAGGCUAGAUAAACUAAUAUCAUAUUCAACCUUGCAAGUAUUUAUAACUGGUGCGAACCCCUACUUAAAUUGUUAAUUUGUU